AUGAUGUUUUCAAGCCCUUUCUUUGAUGGAUACGAUUGUGAUCCAUACUAUUAUCAACCAGCAUACCAACAACCCUCUCGCCGACGAUACCUUCAACAAAUGAGAGCAGCUGAAGAAGCAAAGCGUCGUGCUGAAGCUCAGCGCCAAGAAGCAGAAGCUCGUCAAGAAUACCUCCGUCAGUUGCAAGAAGAAGAGGCCUACCGUCAAGCCUAUGAGGCAGCGAAACGUCGCCGGGAAAUCGAAGAAGCCCGACAAGUCCAACAAUACUUGUAUGGCAAUAAUGGAUAUGGUGGAGACUCUGAUGAUGAGGAAGAGAGUGAGGAGGAAGAGGUAGAAAUGGAGCCAGUCUAUCGAGUGAUGCGAGGCCCCUAUGGACAAUUGUACAAGGUCAAGGUUGGUGAAAAGCCUCGAUCUCAACCUCUACGACGACCACGACGACGAAGCAGCACCAAAAAGUCUGCUCCUACUACUACUCCAGCACGACCACAACAAUCGGAGGAUAGCUACCGAUUGGUUCGUGGUCCAGAUGGACGAAUCUACCGAGUUCAGCUGGAACAAGAACAACCUAAAAAAGAAGAAAUAAAAGAAAAGCCACAACAGCAACAGCCACUUCCAUCAUGGUUCCCUCGUGUCAACGAUGAUGAAGAAACUGAUGAUGAUGCUGAAGAAGAAUCCUACGCUACAGCACCAAUGCGCAUUCCCAUUCGCAAAUCCUUCGCUGGAAGUCAACGUAGGAGAUCUUCUGGUAAAAAGAAACAAAAAGUGACGGUUGUCGUGGAAGAUGCCUCCGACAGCGAAUCGGAGGAUGAUAACAACAAGUCUGUCUGGAGAAACCGCCGUCCGUCUCCUGGAGAAUGGAUGGAGCCAGUGAAUAUGGCCUGA